GCCCGUCGCUGAGGGUGCGGCCUGGGGACCCUCUCCUCGCGUCGGGGCUCCGCUGGUGUCCCUGGAAGCAGAGGCGGAGGCCAGAGUCCGGUGUCCAAGGGAGGCAGAGCGGGCGCUUUCGUACGUCCUGCCGCGUUCCCUCCAAGUUCCAAGCCCUGCACCUGGCGGCGGCAGAGACGCGCCAGGCUCCCAAGGAACCAAACACCUGGGGAAAAUCAACUCGGAGCCUGCUGCCCUCCCGCCCCUCCCGCUGGGGAUGUUUAUCUUGGCCUGGUCUCCUGGCUCUUUCUCUUUCACUUUUCCUUUCGCUGGGGGUUGGGACUCCCAGGGUGGAGGGCGGCAGGGGAGAUCCCAUCUGACUCGCUCACUGCCCUCGGACGCCCCUCGCCCGGGAAGGGGGGCAGGUGGCCGCACUCCGGGUUGCACGAGCUGCCGCCCGUCCACAUUGUACCCGGCACUUGACAGAGGUACAGGACUCUGUUCCCAGGCUCUGGGACGGGAGGUGGUAGGGAGAUGGAAUUUUCCCCCUAAAGCCUACGCCCUGGGCCCCUCCCAGCCGCGGCGCUACUAACACGUCUCUCCGGCCCAGCCACCAGCCGACCGCCCCACCCUCUUGACCGCGACUAAAGUUUUCCCGGCGCUACGUGCAGAAGUUUUGUUCCCGUCUGCCGCUUCAUUCGUCUCCUGGGUUCUCUUUGCCACCCUCCGGCGUCCAGAGGAGCGCAGAUCGCCGCGUCCCGUUGGCCGUUGCGCGCGGUUCCCAGCGCGCUGCGCUCACUCCGCGUUCCUGGCUGCGGGUGCCGCUGCGCCCUGCGCUCCACGGACUUCGAGGCCGCCUGGCCCAGGGUGAGGGGUGCGCGUCUGGCUGCGGCCGCUAAGCUGUUGGCUUCUGAGAAGAGUGGUCUGGCAGAAAGGUCAAGAAAGGGCUGACAUAGAAUUUGGCAAGGUGAUUGGGCUAACUGAAGGGAGACAGGUGACUUCCUGUUGGAGACUAACUAGAAGUGCAGUAGGAUUGGAUUGAAACUGGAUCAUCUGGCACUCAAAUCAGCACCCCUAUGAUAAGCCGCAUCACUGGCCUCAGAUUAACUUGCCCCUCAGGAGGCAUUCUGGAUGGAUGGCUGCUGGAAACCCAUCGUCAUAGCCAGCUCUUCUUCAGUUCUUAAGGAUUUACCCUGGCAUUGAGUAAUGAGAAUUUCGAAACCGUAUCUGAGAAGUACUUCCAUCCAGUGCUACCUGUGUUUACUCCUAAACAGUCAUUUUUUAGCUGAGGCUGGCAUUCAUGUCUUCAUUUUUGGCUGUAUCAGUGCAGGUCUUCCUAAAACAGAAGCCAACUGGCAUGAUGUCAUUAGUGAUCUGAAAAGAAUUGAAGAUCUUAUAAAAUCCAUCCAUAUUGAUGCUACUUUAUAUACUGAGAGUGAUGCUCAUCCCAAUUGCAAAGUCACAGCGAUGAAGUGCUUUCUCCUGGAGUUACGAGUUAUUUCUCAUGAGUCCAGAAACAUGGACAUUAAUGAAACAGUACAAAACCUUAUCAUCCUAGCAAAUACCAGUUUAUCUUCUAAAGGGCAGAAUGUAACGGAAUCUGGUUGCAAAGAAUGUGAGGAACUGGAGGAAAAAAAUAUUACUGAAUUUUUGCAGAGUUUUAUACAUAUUGUACAAAUGUUCAUCAAUUCUCCUUGACUGCCGUGGAUCCUGUGCAGUGUUUCCAUUAUUAACAAACUCCUUCCUGCUGCUUGGAGGCAACAAGACACUGCAUUUCAAAUGUGCUGCCAGAACACGUUUUUCCUGCAAGCAGAUGAGAAGGGGUUGGAUCAAAUGAAAUCCUAGAAAUAAAGGUACAAAAAUGAAUAACAUAGUGACUACAGACUUUGUACAGACAUAUUUUGCUAGCUUGUUUUUAAUUUAUUGAGAUUGUAUAUAUGUGUAGCAUGAUGAAAAAUGUUGAAUAAAUUUGUGUAUAUAUUUUAUCAUUUGCAAUUGCGUUGGUAUUUUACCUCUUAUGGAAACAUAGGGAGCAGUCACUGAAGGGGAGAGUCAAAUCAUGUAACAGAUGGUAGGACUGGGUACCAGUACCACAGGUCCACACCCAUGCUGGGAUGCUCCUGCCAGAGGGGAACCACUGACAAGUAUUCCUCUCUGACUUCUCCACUGGAUGUAGUAAUGAGGAAAAAUUGGCUACCAACAAGGAAAACAGGAAACAUGUGUGAACCCUGGGCUUUACUCUGUAACGUAAUUAUUGGUACAUAAAACUCCUGUCAUGAAAGAAAGAAAUUGCAAUACAGGGCAUGCAAUGGACAAUACUGAAUCACAGGUGGUGGUGGUGGUAACUUUUGGUGAUAGGAAGGAUGAUAUACAGAAAACUAAUAUCAAUAUUUUAUUUCAUGCUUUCCCAAGUACAGAUAUUUUAUUUUCAUAUUUUUGUCAUGUUUUAGGAUAAACCUGAUGAUUUUUUGAGUCAACAUUAUCUAACAGAAAUUGCUUGUUCUUUUCUGUGUAUAAUUUUCAUAAUCAUUUAUAAAUCUUCUAUACAGUACUAUCUAAAAUUAGCAAGAUCUCUAGCUUUUCUGUUGGUAGAGAGUCGGGAAAAUGAAAAAUUUUUAAUUCUAAGUUUUCCAUUUCGAGUCUUAAACAAAGGUUAGUCUAACUCCUGAGUUUAUUAAUUUGAGGGAAGAAAAGGUAUAAUGCCAUUUACAUUACCAAUAAUAUUUUACAGUGAGCAAUAGCCAUUUUGUUUAAAUUAGCAUACAAUGAGUUUAAAAUUUCCAGCUCAGAAGUAGAAUUAUUCUCACAUAGUUAUGUAAUAUGGCUCACAUGAUCUGAUCUUAGGAAACUCAAGACACGGAUCUACAAUUUCUCAAAAUACUCUUAGUUAAGAGACAAUCGCAUAAAACAGUCUAUCGUGUUGUUCAUAUUUGUGUUCAGAAUUAGUCUUUUUUUGUGUUUAAGAUUCUGCCCUUCUUGAGCCAUGCCCCUUAAUAGACCUAACAUCAUUUGUCUAAAGGAUACUGUGUGUGUGGCUCACCUGCUACCCUACAUGCUGAAAGUAUUUGCCAUAUGUUACAUAUAUAUUUUUUAUUUAACAGGUAGAAUUAUAGACAGUGAGAGAGAGAGAGACAGAGAGAAAGUUCUUCCUUCCAUUGGUUCACUCCCCAAAUGGCCACUAUGGCCAGUGCUGUGCCAAUCUGAAGCCAGGAGCCAGGUGCUUCUUCCUGGUCUCCCAAGCGGGUACAGGGGCCCAAGCACUCGGGCCAUCCUCCACUGCCUUCCCGGGCCACAGCAGAGAGCUGGACUGGAAGAGGAGCAACCGGGACUAGAACCCGAAGCCCAUAUGGGAUGCCAGCGCUGCAGGUGGAGGAUUAAGCAAAUGAGCCACAGCGCUGGCCCCCAUAUGUUACAUAUAUUAAAGCAAAGCACAAAGUUCUAUACCUAACUUCAAACAGUGAAAGCAAGCCUGCUAAAAAUCAAGUUUAUAGUCCAAAGUCAUAGUGGUGAGUUGUGCACUUAAAUUUCUUAAUUUCAACUAAGGAAAAGAUAUAUGAGAGAAUAUUAUCUGUAUACUCUAUCUUUGAUACACAGAAAGAACCAGAAGGCAGAUAAUAUGGUGGGAAAGCAAGCAGAACCAAUACAUAAUUUGUGUGCUAAAAUAAUUUAAAAAUCAACCAACAGGUCUAGUUUUAUGUACUCUCAGUCUUUAUGUUAGAAGAGUGAAUCAAUAGAAUUACUUUGUUUUGGUCCUAUUGUUGCAGGAAGAGCUUAUAGCUUUUGAUGUGUUUCUGUUUAUGGACAUCAAAUUCAGCAGCUCAUAAGGUCACCCUGACAUGUAUGAUAUGAAAAUCAAAUAACAUGAUUUGUAUGCCCUCUCCCCCACCCAAAACAGAAAUAUUAGAAAAUGCUGUUAUAUUUCAUUAUGUGUGUUGUGUCAGGCUUGGUGUAAGUUCUCUGCACUCACAGGUAAGUCAGGCUUAGCAUUUCCAUGUCAUAUGUAAAUAUUUCACCCAGAGGAAGUCCCAUUUCCAUAGAAAUUCAGUUCAGUGUUUCUGAGUGUGUCUGAUGGCUGAAUCAUGGCCUUAUGAAAUAAUUUGUUAUGCAAAGUGCACUUCGGCUUCAUUAUGAAGUCUCCUAAUCAUAAUUGCAUCCUCUAUCUGAUGUAAACUAGAGGAAAAAUUAAUGAAUCAUGAGUAAAUAGUCAUGCUUUCAUCCUGAAUUUUACUUUUUCAAUCUUGCAUUUCAAAAUAAGUUUAACUAUUGGAAGAAUUGAAGAGGAAGUUGCUACACAGAAGCAAAUUUAAAAAUUGUACACUUCACUUGUACAGUGCCAAAACUUUCAGAAUAAUGCUCUCAGAGAAUCCAGGAUCUCCUUAUAGCUUAUUUGUUUUCACCAUCACUAUUAUCACUCUCAUAUUUUUCAUGAAGGAAUUCACUCUCCUUUUUAUUGUGACCAUAUUUAUUGAAAAUUGGUGUGCGCACCUUAUGCUUGGUAAUGCAAUCACAACUGUGAUGAGAAAUCCAUACUCUCAGCCCUCAUGGAGUGAACAUCCCACAUUACUGUUCUACUGGCAAAGUUGAGUUUUUUGUUACUUGUUACCAACAUCAUGAUGGGCCCCACUUGACAGUGUAUACAGGGAGGACCAGUGUUGUUCAGUUGUUCAAGUUGUCAGAAAGAGCUUCUUUGAGAAAGUGAAAUCUGAGUUUGGCUAUGGAUUGCAACAAGGAAUUAUCCUGGGGGAUGCUGGAAGAGUUAAUCAGAGGAAUAGAUAGGCUCUGGUAAGAAUUUUUCUAAAACCUCAGAAGAAAUAAGACUCUUACUCUGAAAUCACUAAAAAAAAAAAAUGAGGCAUCAUUUUUAUUGUCAAGAGAAUAAAC